UCGCCCGACGGGGAGCGGCCGCGGCGACCUCCCCCGGCGCGCGGGCGGCAGUUAGUUAUUAGGUGGUGGUGGAGAGGAACUCGGAGCUGCCUGCACUGGACGGAGCCCCGCAGAGGCUGCUCACACCAUCCGCUUAGCAGCCUUGCUGUGGGCCUCAGGGCGAGCCCGGCUCUGACAGGAAGCCCUGGGCUCUGUCAAGAGUGUUGGCGCGAGGAGAAAGCCUUGUACAGCUGUCACCUAAGUCAUUUUCAAAGGCGAAAAAGCCGCCAUGGAUGACGCCAGCGGGACCCGUGACCCCGAGGAGAGCAGCCCUGGCCAGGCACCCCCGGGAGGCCCGGACCAGCUGCUCUACCACGAGGAGACCAUUGACCUGGGCGGGGACGGGCCCGGGCCCGAGGACGAGGAGUUGGUCUCCGACGGCUCCGGGCCCUGUGCGGACAGGCUCAGCGAGCACCUGAUGGAGAGCGUCCUCAUCUCCGACUCCCCCAACAACAGCGAGGACGACACGGGCGACCCAGGCGGGGCGCGGGGCGGGGGGACCCCGGGGCCCACGGAAGGACACGCCACUGUCCUGUUGGGCGACAGAUUGGAGGCCACGCCGAGCCGCAGCAGCGACAGCGACGGGGACGCCACCCCCAAGGGCGUGUCUGACCUGACCCCCGACGGCGCAGCGUCCCUGAAGGGGGACCCAGAGCCCGGAGAGGCCAAAGGCCUGCCCGUCCUUGAGAAGGAAGGGGCCGGGGACUCGGGACACAGGGACGAGAAGGCGCACCCCGUGGCGACGCCGACGUCACAACUGCCGUCCUGCGUGUCGUCCCCGAAGAAUGAGCCGGUCCCCGUGUGCACCAUCUUCAGCCAGGCGGGGCCCGCCAGCCCGCAGGCACCCCCGUUCCUGCGUGACGGCUUCGAGCCCCAGAUGGUGAAGUCCCCCAGCUUCAGCAGCGCCAGCGACACGCCGGCCCGGACCCCACCGCUGGGGGUCCAGCCCAGCCCGAGCCUCAGCAACUUUUUCGGGGACGCCACCACCAGCAACUCUGUGGCCGCUGACUUCUUUGACUCAUUCACCUCCUCAGCCUUCAUCUCUGUCAGCAACCCCAAUGCGGGCGCUGCUGCUCCAGAGCCCUUGUCUCCGCUCCCGACCCCCGGUGGCGGGAGCUCCCCGGGCUCUGGGGCACCUUCCUGCUCCCCGGGCGUGGCCCGGUCUGACUCGGGGCUCUCAGCGGCGUCCCUGGAGAGCCCUCAGUCUCCCAAACCAUUCUCCCAGAUCCAGGCAGUGUUUGCGGGCAGCGAGGACCCCUUCGCCACCGCCCUGAGCAUGAGCGAGAUGGACCGCAGGAGCGACGCCUGGCUGCCCGGGAAGGCCACCCGCGACAUCCUGGUGUCGGUGGCGACGCAGCAGUUCAGCGCGGUGUUCGUGGGCAAGGAGAACCUCACCAUGCCGGGCCUCAAGUUCGACAACAUCCAGGGAGACGCAGUUAAAGACUUAAUGCUCCGCUUCCUGGGUGAAAAAGCCGCAGCAAAGCGGCAGGUCUUGAAUGCCAGCUCCGUGGACCAGUCUUUCGUUGGCCUGAAGCAGCUGAUCAGCUGCAGGAGCUGGAGAGCCGCCGCCGACCUGUGCGGGCGCCUGCUCACGGCCCACGGCCAGGGCUACGGAAAGAGCGGGCUGCCCACCAGCCACACGGCCGACUCCCUGCAGCUGUGGUUUGUGAGGCUGGCGCUGCUGGUGAAGCUGGGCCUCUUCCAGAACGCCGAGAUGGAGAUGGAGCCCUUCGGGAACCUGGACCAGCCGGACCUCUACUACGAGUACUAUCCGCACGUGUGCCCGGGGCGCCGGGGCUCCAUGGUGCCCUUCUCCAUGCGGGUCUUGCACGCGGAGCUGCCGCAGUACCUGGGGGACCCCCAGGAGUCGCUGGACCGACUGCACAGAGUGAAAGCCGUCUGCAGUGAGAUCCUUGCGAAUCUGGAGCAGGGCCUGGCUGAGGACGGCAGCACGAGCAGCAUCACGCCGGAGAAUCGGCAAGCCUCCAUCCAGCUGUGGCGCUCCCGGCUGGGCCGCGUGCUGUGCUCCACGGCCAACUGCCUGCUCCUCAUGAAGGACUACGCGCUGGCGGUGGACGUGUACCGCGCCGUGAUCCAGUACCAGCCCGAGCAGGAGCCGCAGCUGCUGAGCGGCAUCGGCCGCAUCUUCCUGCAGAUCGGAGACAUCAGGACGGCCGAGAAGUACUUCCAGGACGUGGAGAGAGCGACGCGGACACUGGAGGGGCCCCGGGGCAAGGUCAUGGUGCUCAUGAACAGAGCUUUCCUUCACCUCGGUCAGAAUAACUUUGCGGACGCCCACAGGUUCUUCUCGGACGUCCUGAAGCUCGAGCCGACCAACGCUGUGGCCAACAACAACGCGGCCGUGUGCCUGCUCUACCUGGGCCGGCUCAAGGACUCGCUGCGGCAGCUGGAGGCCAUGGUGCAGCAGGACCCGCGGCGCGGCCUGCACGAGAGCGUGCUCUUCAACCUGACCACCAUGUACGAGCUGGAGUCCUCGCGCAGCGCGCAGAAGAAGCAGGCGCUGCUGGGCGCCGUGGCCGGCACAGAGGGCGACAGCUUCAACACCCAGUGCCUCAAGCUGGCCUAGCCCCGCCGGGAGCGGCCCACGGACCUGAGGGGCGCCUCAGCCCGGACUGCCGCUGCGCCCCGCGUCCUCAGAGGCCCCGCUGCUGUCGUGAGUGGUAGAGGCCAAACAGCCGCACGGAGGCCUUUGUGCGCCUCUCGCGCCUGCCCCCACCCGAAGGAGCGCCCCGCCUUCACCUGCUGCUUCUGGGCUCACCGCCUCCCAACGCUGCAUUUGCACAUCAAGGGGCGGGGUGAGCCGGGGUGGACCAGGGCCCCGAGAAUGUAGGCACGGCCUGCAGGGCCCUCGCUCUUGCCUCCUGGUCACACCUGCUUCGCCCUUCGUGGUUUGCCGGCGGCUGCGGCGCCAACAACAUGGUUGUCAACAAUGAUUCGGGAGCACAGGCCGGCCCCUCUCCGCCACCCCUCCCGCCCAGGCUCAGCGUGGGGGCUGGUGUCCCCCUGGGGGGCCGCGCCCUGCAUGCUUUUGCGGGGCAGCUGGGGACCCUGCACUCGCUCCUCAAUCCACUUUAGGAUUCCCACUUUGCGGAAAGCAGAGCUCGCUCUGCUGGAGGACACGGGCGGCGCGAGGUGCGGGUUUGUAAAGGACUCCUGCGCGAGGGCUGGACGCGUCUGGAAAAAGUGAAUUAAAGGUUAAGAUGAGAAAGUGGUGAGGUGCCAAGGGGUUGGGGGGCGCCAGGGAGGUUUUCAAAUCUGCGAGAAGAAUCCAUCUGAUCCCUUCGCUUCGAGGGUUUCCUUCAAAUAUCCUUCGGGGUGGAAGGCAGACGCCACAGAGCCGAGCCAGCCCAGUCAGCCAGCGGACAGCUUGCCCAGGGUACUGGCAUGUGGGCCCCAGAACCCACUCCCCAGCCCUGACCACCACCUCGGCCCCUGGCCUGCGCACACGUCCACGCUGAGCUGCAGAGCUGACCUCGAGGGCCAGGG